AUGGCCCCUGGACAAGGAGUAGAAAUUCCUAGAGUAGAUCCACGGGGUAAGGCACCAGCCACUACAGGAUAUGACCCACACCACCCUCAUAACAACUUGAAUGGAUACAUAACAAGGGAGUCACUUUCUGAUCAUGCCGAAAGCAAUGAUACCGAAGAAUCAGUCGCAGACAACUUUAACAACAGGAAGACUGCUGGGAAUGCAAAUAUCGUUGGACCAUCACGAGUUCCUUCCGGGCAGGGUGCUGAUGGAUAUGCACGUGGGCUUUACGCGCUACGAGACGAAUAG